AUUAAUAAUAUACACACACUUCAAGCAUCUCAGUCAAAUAGCAGGAAUAACUGAUUUCAGUGCCAGAGAAGUUUGAUAGGUGCCUGGAAGGAAGGCCUGGAACUAGGGGAAAACUUAGAAGAACUUGGUGAGGGAAGGCCUCGAGAGAGAGACAAUGCAGUUUCCAGAGUCCAGUGGAUUGUUGGGGAGGGGUCACCUUAAACCUUUAAAAGGACGCUUAACUGGGAAAUUCUGAGCAGCCUUCACUUUGAAGGGGGUGAAAGGAGAGGUGGAAUGUUGUGGAAGUAUCUUCUUAAUAGGAGCUGGGUGGUUGAGAGAUGCUUGGAGUCAGUUGGUCUGGGGGGUGGGCGAAGGCCACCCUGAGGGUUCGCGGACCGUCCCUCGGAAGGCGGCAGACGGCACCUGGCUGCCGCCGAGAGCACCUCGGGGUGGGGGAAGGGUCGUGGGGAAAAGUCGAGUUCAGCGUGGGUUUCUCUCUUUGCCUGGAGGACUAUUAGAAUAGAUUAGAGGAGGCGCCGAGCAGCCGCGCGGGGUAUUCCCCGCUCCGGGGGAAUGCCGGCGGCGCCAGCGCCGGCCCCGGCCUUCUCCUGAGGCGGCGAGAGCUACCCCCGGUCCGGGCCGCGGCCUCCCGCCCCGGCGGAGCCGCGCGGUGGAUUGUGGGCUGGGGGCUGCGGCGGCCUCACUGCGGCCUCGGACACUGUCUCCCCGGACCUAGCCGGGCCGAGGCAGGCGGGCGGAGUGAGGGGAACCAGUGGAGCAGGGAGCAGAAGCGCUAGAGUAGUGGUCGCGGCGCGGCGGCGGCGGCGGCGGCUCCUCUGGAGGCCGGGGAUGUGGGAGAGGCGGUGGCAGGAGCGGCGGAGGCGGCGCUGCGGACCCGGGGGAAACUGCUGGCUGACAGGACACCCGGGAGAGACGUGAGGGAGCUGCCGCUGCCGCCUCUCACCCCCGAGCGGAGCUGGGCUCGAGAGGGCGGCCCUGUGCUCCCCCAGCCGACUAGCCAGCCGGCGCGGGGCGGGGGCGGGAAGCCGGGCUCGGGCCCAGCCGGGCUCCGGGCGGCGGCGGCCGCGGAGCAGCAGCCUCGGCGCGACGUGGAGGGUUGGAGGCGGCGGCGAUGCACUAGGCCUUGCUCUGGGGCUGCUGCCCGGGACCCGCAGUUGAGUGGUGAUUUUAUGCAAUGGCUUCAAGCCACAGUUCUUCACCAGUGCCUCAAGGAAGCAGCAGUGAUGUUUUCUUUAAAAAAGAGGUAGACCCGACAAAACACAUUCGACCUGUGCAGUCACUGCCAGAUGUGUGUCCCAAGGAACCCACAGGUGAUUCAAAUAGUUUAUGUGUUGCCCCAUCUCUAGUUACAGAUCAACAUAGAUGGACUAUAUAUCAUUCCAAAGUAAAUCUCCCAGCAGCAUUAAAUGAUCCUAGAUUAGCAAAAAGAGAAUCUGACUUCUUCACAAAAACAUGGGGAUUGGACUUUGUGGACACUGAAGUCAUACCUUCAUUCUACCUCCCACAGAUCAGCAAGGAACAUUUUACAGUAUAUCAACAGGAAAUCUCUCAGAGAGAGAAGAUUCAUGAGAGAUGCAAGAAAAUUUGUCCUCCUAAAGAUACCUUUGACAGGACUCUCUUACAUACUCAUGAUAAAUCCAGGACAGAUCUGGAGCAAGUACCUAAGAUUUUUAUGAAACCAGAUUUUGCCUUGGACGAUUCCUUAACUUUUAAUUCAGUUUUACCAUGGUCUCAUUUUAAUACUGCUGGUGGAAAAGGAAAUCGUGAUGCAGCUUCCUCAAAGUUGCUACAAGAAAAGCUGAGCCAUUAUCUGGAUAUUGUGGAAGUAAACAUUGCUCACCAGAUCUCUCUACGUUCAGAAGCAUUUUUUCAUGCAAUGACCUCUCAACACGAAUUGCAGGACUACCUCAAGAAAACUUCCCAGGCUGUAAAAAUGCUUCGAGAUAAAAUUGCACAGAUUGAUAAAGUAAUGUGUGAAGGAUCACUACACAUUUUAAGACUGGCACUUACCAGAAAUAAUUGUGUUAAAGUAUACAAUAAACUGAAAUUAAUGGCCACUGUACACCAGACUCAGCCUACAGUACAGGUGUUGUUAUCUACUUCUGAAUUUGUCGGAGCAUUGGACUUAAUAGCAACAACGCAAGAGGUUCUACAGCAGGAACUUCAGGGCAUUCACAGCUUCCGGCAUUUGGGAUCACAGCUUUGUGAAUUAGAAAAACUGAUAGAUAAAAUGAUGAUUGCAGAAUUUUCUACUUAUUCUCACAGUGACUUAAAUAGACCAUUGGAAGAUGACUGUCAAAUUUUAGAAGAGGAAAGACUAGUAUCUCUUGUAUUUGGACUUUUAAAACAAAGAAAACUUAAUUUUUUAGAAAUAUAUAGUGAAGAAAUGAUUAUUACAGCAAAGAAUAUCAUUAAACAGUGUGUGAUUAAUAAAGUUUCACAAAUAGAAGACAUAGACACAGAUGUUGUUUUGAAGCUUGCAGAUCAGAUGAGAAUGUUGAAUUUUCUUCAGUGGUUUGAUCUGCUAAAGGAUAUUUUCUCUAAGUUUACAAUUUUCCUACAGAGAGUUAAGGCAACGUUAAAUAUCAUUCACAGUGUUGUUCUCUCAGUUCUUGACAAAAACCAAAGGACUAGAGAAUUGGAGGAGAUUUCGCAGCAGAAGAAUGCUGCAAAAGACAAUUCACUGGACACAGAGGUGGCUUAUUUAAUCCAUGAAGGCAUGUUUAUAAGCGAUGCAUUCAGUGAGAGUGAAUUAACACCUAUAGCAAUUGACACUACCUCUCAAAGAAAUGCAUCUCCAAAUAGUGAGCCCUGCAGCAGUGAUUCGGUAUCCGAACCAGAAUGUACUACUGAUUCUUCAUCCAGCAAAGAGCAGACAUCAUCCUCUGUUACUCCAGGAGCUGUGGAUAUUAUGGUCAAUGAAGACAUGAAAUUAACUGACUUAGAGCUGGGAAAGCUGGCAAAUAAUGUCCAGGAGUUAUUAUAUAGUGCCUCAGAUAUAUGCCAUGAUCGAGCUGUCAAAUUUCUCAUGUCAAGAGCAAAGGAUGGUUUUCUUGAGAAGCUAAAUUCCACAGAAUUCAUAACACUUUCCAGAUUAAUGGAAACAUUCAUUUUAGAAACUGAACAGAUCUGUGGAAGAAAAAGCAUGUCAUUACUUGGAGCACUUCAGAGCCAAGCUAAUAAAUUUGUAAACAGGUUUCAUGAAGAGAGAAAAACCAAGCUCAGCCUCCUCUUAGACAAUGAACGCUGGAAGCAAGCUGAUGUUCCCGCAGAAUUUCAGGAUCUUGUUGAUUCUAUAGCAGAUGGAAAGAUUGCUUUACCUGAAAAAAAAUCAGGGGCUACAGAAGAAAGGAAACCAGCUGAAGUUCUCAUUGUCGAGGGACAACAGUAUGCUGUUGUUGGAACCGUAUUGCUGUUGAUAAGAAUUAUCCUUGAAUAUUGCCAGUGUGUGGAUAAUAUCCCAUCUGUUACUACUGACAUGCUCACUCGUCUGUCAGAUUUAUUGAAGUACUUCAAUUCAAGAAGUUGCCAGUUAGUUCUUGGAGCUGGUGCACUGCAAGUUGUUGGACUAAAAACAAUAACUACAAAAAAUUUGGCUCUUUCUUCACGCUGUUUGCAGUUAAUCGUGCACUACAUUCCUGUGAUCAGGGCUCAUUUUGAAGCUCGACUGCAGCCUAAGCAGUAUAGUAUGCUUAGGCAUUUUGAUCAUAUCACUAAGGACUACCAUGACCACAUAGCUGAAAUAUCAGCUAAGCUUGUAGCGAUAAUGGAUAGCUUAUUUGACAAGCUGUUAUCUAAGUAUGAAGUGAAAGCUCCCGUUCCUUCUGCCUGUUUCAGGAAUAUUUGUAAGCAAAUGGCAAAAAUGCAUGAAGCUAUAUUUGAUCUCCUUCCAGAAGAACAAACACAAAUGUUAUUUUUAAGAAUUAAUGCAAGUUACAAACUCCACUUGAAAAAGCAAUUGUCUCACUUAAAUGUGAUAAAUGAUGGAGGACCUCAAAAUGGGUUGGUCACAGCAGAUGUAGCUUUUUACACUGGAAAUCUUCAAGCCUUAAAAGGCCUUAAAGAUUUGGACCUAAAUAUGGCCGAGAUCUGGGAACAGAAAAGUAACAGUAAACUUAUUAAACAGGCAGCUUACUCAAAAACACGUAUGGAAGAAUUGGAAAAUGUAAUUAAUUGAUUCUUAGAGAAAAGCUGAAAUUCAAACUACCAGCAGACCUGAUUUGGGUUAUUCAAGAACAUUUUUCAGUAACAACAAGCAAGCUUCAACAAGUGAAGCUUCAAGGAAAGGUAACUUUUUAUAACGUUAUACCCCACCCCGCUAUACUAGAGAACAAGGAUGUGAAAGAAAUGCCCUACCUCUACCCACCCCACCCCCUUCAGCUGGGAAAAGAAACACCACUUUGUUUCAAUAAAUGGAGAGUCUAUGGAGAGCAUGGCAGGCAUCCCAGCUUUAGAACUGGAUGAAAGAUAUUAAAUACCUUCAAGUUUAAUUCCUGUGGAAAUAAUGAUGUGGUUAAGAUUCUCAGAAAUGCAAAAACUGGAUUUGUUAGGUAACUGGCUAGUGAGUACUUCAGUGUUCCAAGAGCGAGUCUUCCAACUGACAGAGUAACUGUUUAGCAAGAGUAAACCAUUUUUCUUCACCAUUUCAUAAAGUUAGCAUUGAAAAGUAUAAGUGUAUACAUGAUUGCUUCACAGCUUUAUUUUUAAAACCACAAACAGUUCAAAGUGACCAUCACUGAGGCCUCUGUUAAAAGAUUUUCCAGCAGAGCUACCCCAGUUUUAAGAUUAAACAAUAUUGCACUUUAAGAUGAAUUUAACUUUCAGGAUCUUCUUCAAAAAGAAAAGUACUGCUUCCACCUGUGCUUUUCACAGACUAAAAGCAUACCGCAGAAAACUCAACUUAAAAAUUAACACUGCAUGAUACAGUAACAUAGUAAAGUACCUGCCUAUUUUAUAAUCCUCGAGAACAUUUCAUUGUAAGAAACUGUUUAACCCAUAAUUAGUAUAAAGUGCACAAUAUUUUUCAUUCAGUGGUCCAAGAUACGAAGGUUCCCAGAUACAAUCUUGUUCUCUAAUACUGCUCCAGGUGGGAUGUCAAUUCGGUCACCAUGAUUUGCGAUGAUGAUAACCGUUCCCUAAGUGACAGGAAAAACAAAAAACAAGAGUAUACUUGCAAGUGCAGCUGAAAAUGCAAUUGAUUUUCCUACAAUUAUCAAGUUUAUGUAGAACUUCACCUACAAUGGAGUAAGUGUAUUUAUAAACAAUAUUACACAUGAAAAACAAAUAACACAUUAAGGAAAACUGUAAUGUGUCCUGUCACAAUACUGGCGGUAGCUGUGGUACCAUCUCUGAUAAGGAGGCAAGGAAUCUAGCAGUGGGAAGCAGGCCAGCGCCACAGAAUAGCGGGCCCUUUCCAAGAACUACUUGCAAGGCCACCAGCAUUAUCUACCUUCGUAAACUGAAAGGUGCUUGGUUUAUAUUUACAUACAGGUGUGGGUUUUUUUGUUUUUUGGUUUUUUUUGAAAACAGUUCAAUGAUUUAUAUUUCAUGUCUUAAGUAAAACUGUUUAGAUGAAGCAGUAUCAGCAAUAAUUAUAUAUAUGUUGUUUUGUUUUUUUCCCAAGAUCUGUAAGUAGCUUUAAUAGGAAGAACACCUGAAAUCUAGGUAUGGAAGUUUUAAAAAAUAUUUGAUUAGGAAAAAACUGUUGAAUCUUUGGUUCUGAGCUUUAAUACUCAUACCCAUAGUCCUUCCUAUUUCUUAUGCUAGGCUGGAAUGAUACUCAUCAAAAUAUCCAAGCACUACAGUAAUGUGAAUGAACAUCAUACUGAUAACAACAGAUUAACAAGAAUAGAUUAUAAUCAGUAUAAAUGAAGCUGUCAUUUUUUUCUACUUUCAUUCAGAUUCAAAUAGUCAUCUUUUAGUUAACUAAUGCUAAUUUAUCAGUGAUUCUAUUUUAAAUAUUGUCAUAUUUCAAUAAAAUAGUACCAAUUCAAUUA